ACAGUUCAGCCCCGCCUCUUCCUCUGACAGUAAACAUUGUGCGAACUUCCUUAUAAUCUGAUUCAGACAGUUGUCUUCAGACAGCUUUGUGACAUCUUCUGCACCGACAGGUCCCUCUCGAUCUAUUGGUCUGCUUUCUUCCCUCCCAGCGUGGCUAUCUGCCUUUCUAUUUGCUGCUUAGAGAUCUCUUUACAGGGGUUUCAAUCAGCAACAUGGCACCUAAGAGACGUGCUGCUUCAGCUGUCAAGGCAGGUGGUAAGAAGGUGAAAGAGGAGCCUGAGACACCAAACCCCAAGGAUGCCUUCACCUCAGCAAAAGAGGCCCUUCUGGCUGCAGGGCCACAGGUGAAAGGCAAGAGGAAGGUGGAUGAGCACUGCACGUUGACUGGCGAGGUAUAUGAAGACUACGACUGCAUGCUCAAUCAGACAAAUGUUGGACACAACAAUAAUAAGUUUUAUGUCAUUCAACUUAUUAAAGCAAACAACAAAUACUGUUUAUGGAACAGAUGGGGCAGAGUGGGGGAAACGGGACAAAGCAAGCUUACCACAUUUGAUAAGCUUGAAGCUGCUGUCAAGGACUUUGAGAAAAAGUUUAAGGACAAGACAAAAAACAACUGGAGCGAUCGGAUGAAUUUUGUGUCUCACUCUGGGAAGUACACCUUAAUAGAGGUGGAUGGAGAGAUGGAUGCUGAGGUCAAGGUGGACACUGUCGAUGGAAAGACUGUCAAAGUCACCAAAAAGACCCUACCUUGCACCCUUGAUGAGGCUACAAGUGGAUUCAUCAAACUCAUUUUCAGCAACGACAUGUUCAAGGAGGCCAUGGAAUGUAUGAACUUAGACAUCAAGAAAAUGCCUUUAGGUAAGCUCAGUAAGAUACAGAUUGCAAAGGGCUUUGAAGUGCUGGAGGAGAUUGAGGCAGCCAUGAACCAAAAAAGUGGAAGUGCACGCCUGGAAGAACUUUCCUCAAAGUUCUUCACCACAAUCCCACAUAACUUUGGCCGAAGCAGACCACCCACCAUCAAAGAUAAAGAGACUGUGGAACAGAAAAAAGAGAUGCUAAUGGUGCUGGCUGAUAUCGAGCUUGCCCAGACACUGAAGUCAGAAUCUGAGAAGUCUCAGGAAGAGACGAUAGAGGAAGUUCCUCAUCCUUUAGACAAAGACUACAAUUCUCUCAAAUGCAAGCUCACUCUGAUGGACAAGGACAUAGAACCAUUCAAGAUCAUAGAAACAUACCUGAAUGAAACUGCAUGGGACCACCACACACCAAAAAUUGUCAAUGUUUGGGAAGUUGAUCGAGCGAUGGAGGGAGAACGCUUUAGCGAGAAUGAUAGUCUGGAGAACCGCCGCCUGCUGUGGCAUGGUACAAACAUUGCAGUGGUGGCAGCUAUCCUUAAGAGCGGCCUAAGGAUAAUGCCUCAUUCCGGAGGCCGUGUUGGUUCUGGUAUCUAUUUUGCAUCUGAGAACAGAAAGUCUGCAGGUUACGUCCGCACAUCUAAUAAUACUGGAGUGAUGUUUCUGAGUGAGGUAGCCCUUGGCAAAGAACGUACCAUCACCAGAGAUGACCCUUCCUUAAAGAAGGCUCCUCCUGGCUUUGACAGCGUGGUGGCACGAGGAUCGGUUGAACCAGAUCCCUCCAAAGACAUCUUCAUCACACUGGAUGGCAAGAAGGUAGCUGUGCCACAGGGUAAGCCCAUAGAUCAGCCCAAGUUCUCAAAGAGCAGCUUCGGCAACAGUGAAUAUCUCAUCUACAAAGAGAGCCAGUGUCGCCUUCGCUACCUGCUGGAGUUGAACAUGUAAUUCGACUGCAGGGAUGAGACAGGUCCUUUUAAAGAGAAAAGUUCCUCAUUUUAUCUAUACAAUAAGGGGCUUCCUAAAAUAUUUGGCUAUGCUGUUUUCUUACAUUAUUAUGAUUAUGAUUGUCUUUAUUCUUUAUUCUUAGUUAUUGUGUAGAUGUUCCUACAAGAUGCAUAAAUGACUCCCUGUGCCUUAUAUUUUGCACACUAAAACUGGCCCGAGUGUGAUAGACUGCACUUCUGUUAAAAAACGGACACAUUAUAUUAAUCUUUUCCAUUUACCAUGAGAAACAGGGUGUCCUUUAAAAGUCUCUUACUGCUAUCUUUUCAUCUUUAUUAGAUGUCUGAAAGGCCGCCAGAUAUUUGCACUAUUCUGUUUGAAAUUACAUGCUGCAUUUUGCAUCUCAGUUUUGUAGCUUAAAAUGUUAGCUAUUGCAUUAUUUUAUUCAAGUGCCCGUCCCUAAAAAAAAAACAAAAAAAAAAAGAUGUCUUCGAUAUGAAGAAUGAAUACACUGCAAACCUUUGAAAUUAUAUAGACAUUUUUAAUAAUGUUAUAUAGUAGAGCCAAGGUAAAAUGGUACACUAUGCAGAAAUGCUUACAGGUAUAAGAACUAUCAAGUGCAAUUUUGUGAUCUGAUAUGUUGUUGAGCUGCUAACAAAUAUCCUGCUUUUGUAGUGAAGUGUAGUGAUAAGUCAUUAACAGAUGGGACAUUUCUUGCCAAGUUGGUCUUCUAGAUAAGUUACAAAUGCCACCAUAUGAUGUCAGGAAUGGUCAACUCCCUGUGGAUUGUUUGCACUAUGACAGAACUUGAACCGGUGAUUAGUGAAUAAACUUGAGUGUU